AUGGCCAGUCCAGGUACACAAUCACUCAAGUGCGUGGUCACUGGUGAUGGAGCUGUAGGAAAGACAUGUCUCCUCAUCUCUUAUACUACCAAUGCCUUUCCUGGAGAAUACAUACCCACCGUAUUUGAUAAUUAUUCAGCUAGUGUAAUGGUGGACGGUAAACCAAUUAGCUUGGGUCUUUGGGAUACGGCAGGCCAGGAAGAUUACGACCGACUACGGCCACUUUCUUAUCCUCAGACUGACGUCUUUCUCAUCUGCUUUUCCAUCGUUUCACCUCCUUCAUUUGACAACGUUCGCGCCAAGUGGUUCCCUGAGAUUGAUCAUCAUGCGCCAUCCGUACCCAUAAUUCUGGUCGGUACCAAGCUUGAUUUAAGGGAGGAUCAAGCUACAUUGGAUAGCUUGAAACAGAAGCGUAUGGAUCCCGUCACUUACGACCAGGCCUUGAUAGUAGCCAAAGAGAUACGUGCGCACAAGUAUCUGGAGUGUUCUGCUCUAACACAAAGAAAUUUGAAGAGUGUCUUUGAUGAGGCCAUUAGAGCUGUUCUUUCCCCGAAGCCUCAAAUCAUGAAGAAAAAGCCUAGCAAAUGUACUAUCCUGUAA